AUGGAUCCAAGCGCGCGACAAGUGCACGUCCUGAGCAACUGCCCUCAAUCCGAUGAGCCGGCGGCCAGUGUGUGCUACAAGAAGUUUGGCUGCCAUCGGAUCUUCCUGGCCACCGCCUCCGACAAACUGGAGCAGGACGUGUACCAGAACAAAGACUGGAACGGCGUACUCCAGAUAAAUGGGGUUUCGCCCGAGAGCGUGGAGAUCUUCCUGGAGUUCAUAUACACCUUCGAGGUGACCUCGCCGCUGGUCCAGCUGAAGCUGGUGGGGGAUAUAUUCAUCCUGUCCUGCGCCUACAACAUGCCGGAGCUCCUCCGCUCCUUUGCCGAGAAACUGAAGGAGCAGGAAUGGCCUCUGGAUGACAUCUUCCCGGCCUUCGACCUGGCAUUCCGGCAUAACAUCAUCGAUGUGGAGCGCGUUUGCAUCGAGAAAAUCAUAGAGGAAGGCGCAUCUUUGAUCCAGGAACCCAGUUUGAUGAAACUCCCGGUCUAUGCCCUAAACUUCGCAAUCCAGCACUGGCUGGUGACGGAUGCAGUGCCUCCAGAUGAGCUCAUCAAUAUUUUGAAGCAGUACCAGGAGAUGAAUGAGAUUACAUUCGCCAACACGCAAAAAUUUCCGCAUUUCACCAAGAUUAUCAAGUAUUUCCCCAAUGUUCUACUGGACGCCGAAGGAUUCAUCAAUCAAAACUAG